UAUUGCACCCAAAGUACCUUAUUCUUCCUUUUCGGCCAAAUUUGAAAUUUUUAGUUAAUUAAAUAAAAUUAAUGUGGUUAUUAUUACCUAAAAAAAAAUACCUAGUAUUUACCUAAUUAAAAUUUAGACAAUCCUAAUUAGCAAAUAACAAGCAGUUCUCAGAAUCUUAAACAAAAACCUUAGAUUUAGAUUCAGAACUUCACAUGUAUAAAUGGAGAACGUGUGUAUCCGCGUCAGAUUCUCACCACUCAUGAAAAACAUUUCCAAAAAUAAUUCAAAAUGUUGUCUUGAAAUUGUACCCCUAGUAACAUGUAUGGAAAACAUUGAUAAGAUAAAAUGGAAACACAAAAAGGAUAAAAUCGAAUACAUAGUCCCAAUGAAUUAUAAAAUAAUAAUAAAAAAGUUAAAACCAUAUCAUGACGCCAUAAAGAGUUACUAUUCGUGUGUCGAUCUAUUACCGUCUUCAUUAUCUAAUCUAGAUAAAGAUACAGCUGAUAUUUAUAGAGUCAUAAGUGAAAAUAUUGUAUUCAAUAAGGAAAGAACUGAUUUAAUGGCGCUUAAAAACAUGCCACCACGUGAUAUAAAAUUGGAUAAGACUAUGCACCAUAUAAGCAGAUCGACAAAUCCAAUCAAAUAUUCUGACGUAAGCCCUAAGUGCAUCGACUUAUCAGAUCCUUUACUUACGUUAGUUAAUAUACCUGAAACUCUAACAUCUUUGAACCAACCCAUUCAAAUAGAAAAAGAUGAAGGUCUGCACUGUCUAUUAAUAUUUUUGUAGUUUGAUUUUAAAAAAAUGUUGAACGAAAUUACUGUUGAUAGUAAUAAUUCAAUCAAAGUUCUACGAACUUUACCAUUUGAUGUGGUAGCUGUGCCUCAAACGAAUAUUUCUGAAAUGUUAGAUACAGCUAAAGACACCAUAUCUAAGCCAGUAAAUAUUAAAAUCAAACUUAAAAAUAAAGAAGACAUAACACACGGAUUCGGAGUUACUAUUCCAAAGUUUUCAACAACUGGUCCAAAAAAAGUACGACUUGUUAGUAGCGAUCAAACCAUAAUAUCAUUUGACCUAUUCAUGGAAAACGAUGAUGAGGAAAAGGUUCCAAAAAAACCUCAUAAAUUUUUCAAGCUUUUUAAAGCUAGCGGAUGUUUCAGUAAUCAAAACGAUGAUGAUGUUUAUCCCUAUUUACCUAACUCAUCCAAUGAAACAUAUAGAGCAAAAAGCACAUCAUACGUAAAUGACCUGCAAGAUAAUAAAAGAGUUGAAGAAAAAUUUGCUCUGAAAAAAACCCCUUCACCGAUGAUCUUUAGUAACAUUACACUAAGGACGCCUACUUUUUUGGGUAAAUGCAAACCAGGUGGUUGCUUAGAUCCACCUUUCGGUGAAGACAAAUAUAUCUACAAACCAAAACAUAAAAUAUUAGCGAUUGAUCAAAAAAAUAUUGAAGAGCAAGGUUUGGUUAUAAAUAUUAAAGAUACAAAAAAUACAGCUAACGAUAUAGUUAAACCAGAUACUAGUUCACAAGAUUCACUAAACAAAAGUUUUAUCGAAAAAACCUACUCUCAUUCGCUCAUUACAUAUCCACCAGCUUUAUCGUCUAAUGAAAGGGUCAAAGAAGAUAUCCAAAGUAAAAGAUCAAAACUGAGAACUUCUACUGAAAAGAAAGUUAGAAUAUCUGUCAAUGAGUUUUCAGACACUUAUUUUAUGCCACCUAAAAAACAAAAAAGUAAGAAUAACGAAAAACUCAGUACUGAAUUUAUCGUAGACCCAAACGGAAGAGAUGAUAGUUGUGAUACUAAGAGUAAAAUAGAUACGUUUGCCUUGACUAGUCAAAAAGAGCAUAUGCUUUUAUCCACAAAUGAGCCAUUUAACCAAGAUAUAGGACCAAUAAUAUUAAAUCCUCGCAUAAAUGAGAGUUACCAUAAAUUGUCUGAUGAUAAUUUUGUAAAUGAUGAUAAAAAUGUAACCAUUGGUGAGUCAUCUGAUAUAAAUAUACAAAAUCAAAUAUUAAAAGGUGGUCCUAUCUCUGUGGUGAGUGCUUCAGAACUUAAAUUAAUCGACGAUACUGCCGAAAAGAAAAUAAAUAGUUUAGCAACUCCACAGACAAAUAUAUCAUCUGAGGACUCCGAAAACCAUGAUGAAAAGACAAAAACAGAUAUUAAUCUAUUCGAAACAAAUCUAGGUAGCUUGUCUAUUACUACACCUUCAUUGAUUUAUAAAAAUACAAUGAUUACUGAAAACGUACCUAUCACAGCUAAAAACUCUCAAAUAACAAUACUGGAAAGCAAACCUAAUGACAUCCUUUACGAAAUAAAGUCCAUGCCGAAACAGUUAAUAGAUAACCAUUUACUAGCAAGCCAAGAACAAAAUAAAUUAAAAUCACCAAAAGAAAAUCUAUCCUUAAGAUCUGAAUAUUUAGACAGUAAUAAUGAAACUAAAAUCAAAGGACAUCUUAUAACUUCGGAUGAGUUUACUUUGACAAGCUCUCAAACUGAGUCUCAAACUGUAGUUACUGACAUAGCUGAAAACGUUCUACAAGUUUCUUUGACUAAAAAUGCUAAAUUAGUUAACAGUAAUGGUCAGUUAAUACAACAUAAAGAAUCUGAUCAUUCAUCUGUAAAAGAACAAAUACAAGACAUAGCUGAUAUGCACCAGAAAGGAUUGCAACAAAACAGAUCGUUUCAAGACGUAGCAAGCACAGCAACCAUUGUCGAAAAGGAUAAGAGUAACACGAAUAAUAUAUUUGUAAAACAUAACUCUGCUAAAAAAGAAUAUGAAAAGAAUGACCAAGACUUGGCCACUUUCUUGCUGAGUGAAGCUAAAUCGAUUCAAAUAUCCAGUGAAGAAGCUCUUACAGAUUUAAUUAGUACCAAAUCGUAUAAAAGUGAGAAAAAAUCCAGCGCUAUUGCUGCUGAUUUUAAAUCUGAUAGGAAUAAUAUGAUAUCGGAUAAUAUUGAUUCUAAAAUUGAAACAGAACUAGCAACUGCAUUACAAAAAAAGAUUAGCUCAACAUUGCAAACACAAGAAAAAGAUAAUAAUGUUCUUAAUCACUACGAAAAUAAAAACAGUUUAGAUACUCACCAAAUUAUGAAAGUGACAUCUUCACUCAAUUUAACGUCACCACAAGCAUUGCCAGAGAAGACCAGUUCAAUAUUGCAUACACAAGAAAAAGAUACCAGUAAAAUAGACCCUGUUAACGAUACCAAUAAAAUUAGUUUAUCUACAAGUCAAAUUCUAAAUUUGCCUUAUCCUAUCCUUUGCCUAUCGGAUAAAGCUACUACACAGACAGAUAACUUUGAAAUGCAUAGUUUAGAUGAGGUUGCCCAGGGUUUAAUCAGCAUUGAUCCAGUUGAAAUUAGUAAUUUAAAAAAUAUUGAUACUGUCAGUCACUAUGGUUUAUCCACUGACAUCGUUACUGAAAAAGAAGCAUCUGUUGAUAAAAAUCUCCCAGAAAUUAAACCUCAGUUGCAAUUAAUUUAUAAUGAAGAAAUUCCAAUACUAACAGGUAAUGAGGUGGUAAGGUAUGUUUCUUCAGAUGUUACGAACUUUUUUAAUGAAACUGCACAAGGUUGGUCUGAAAAUAAUUCAAAAGACUAUCCCGAUUUUUAUCGAGAACCAUUAAAAAUGAAUAUUCCGGAAAUUUACCCAGGAAGUUUAAAAGAAGCUAAGAUAACUGAUGAUGAAGUUAAUGUGAUGAAAUCUGAAGAAGAAAGUAUCCUUGGGAAUAAAAAUUCGUCAAUAGAAAUAAAUUUAGGCUUUUGCGCAUACGUAAAUGAUAACAAUGAGACUAUAAUAAAAACUUUUGACACUUCUGAGUAUUUAAAAACAGAUCCACGGGCUAAAAUAACAAUAAUUAAGUCGAUAAUUAGAAAAAACGACAGCGGGAUAAGAAUACCAAUCAAUUCAGAGAUGGACCUUACUUUACAAAUUAAAAACAAUCUCAAUAAAGUUUCAGUAAAUAUUUCUGAACGGGACAUUGAUGAUAUCAUAAAAGAAUCGACAGAUAAGGCUUUAAGAAAAUCAUUAAAUAAAGAUAAAUUAUUACAAGAAACUCUGGUCUCAGUUUAUGAUAAUUUGGUUCCUGUUCAGACCAUAAUACGGAACUUAAAGCAAGAGACUGAUUUGUUAACUCAGCAACAAGUUUUAUUAAGAGAAAUGUUAAACACAAUGAAAACAACAUCCGUAAAAAUUAUUAAUACCAACAAUAAGAUGUGCACUUGCAAAUAUUCAAUGUGAUUACGGAGCAGGUAAGGUUUUCAUCGUAACACGCGGAGGUGCCUGAGAAGCAUAUCUUCAGCGUCUAAUUGCUACCGCAGGUUUUUUCCAAGGCUCGUUCUUUCGAUAAUGUACCUAUCUAUAUUUCGAUAGAGAGGCCAGACGCUCGGGCCUCGGACCCAUGGACCAUA